AUGGAGAAGAUUUGGUGGUGUUUCCUGGUCUUGAUCAGCCUUUCUAAUGUUUCUGGACAGACAGACCAGUACAUGUAUAAGAAGGCCUUUGUGUUCCCCAAAGAGUCAAGACAAUUCCUUUCGUUUACUGUGUGCCUUUAUUUCUAUAACAAACUCAGCCAUGGCUAUCGCAUAUUCUCCUAUUCCACCCAGAACCAAGAUAACAAAAUCCUCAUAUUACAGUCCAUGAGUAAAGGAUUCAUUUUUACAGUAGGGGGGGAAUCAUUCAACUUUUCUGGGAUUACUACCUUUCCUUUACACAUCUGUUCAAGUUGGGAAUCCAUUUGAGGAAUUGUUGAAUUCUGGGUGAAUGGGAAGCCCAGAGUGUGGAAGAGUUUGAUGAAAGGAUACUUUGUGGGAUCAGAGACAAGCAUCAUCCUGGGACAGGACCAGGGUUCCUUUGGGGGAGACUUUGAUAUUAACCAAUCAGUGGUGGAAGAUACUGGAGAUGUGCACAGGUUAGACCAUUCCUGUGAGACUGUCAGUCCUACUGUCCUGCACUCGCGGGAACUCAGGGUGCAUGAAGCUCAGGGUGAAGUGUUCAUCAAGCCUCAAUUAUGGUCCUGA